AUGUUCAGAAAGAAGGCCGGGCUGGGAACGCAGAGCCUCCUCGGUAACAAAGACCGAAAGAAGCUGCGCGACCAAGCGCUGAAGCUCUUCCCGAGCUUGUCGGAGUCCGACUUCGACGCGCUGCUCCCCCCGAAGGAGGAGAUCUCCGUCGCGAAGCUCCAGUUCCCGCAGACCGCGGCGGCCUCUGCGGCGGCCGCGCCGUCGCUGCCGGCGCUCCUGAGCGCCACAGGCAGCAACCGCGGCAGCGUCUACGCAUGCAAAGGCGAACCGAUCUUUUUUGAUGUCAACGGGCUUCUCAUUCCUUCGGUUUACGCACUAUGGCGUCUGCCAUGCAUGCUGCCGACGUUUGUGGUGCAUGCGCCGGUCUCGUCCUUCAUUCUCAAAGGCGCAGACCUGAUGCUGCCAGGAGUCAUCUGGCGGCUCACUCUCGAGGGUGAAGACCAGCGAAAGAAGGUGCUAAACGCCGAGGCGGAGAAGCCUGGCAGCCUCGCGAUCGAUGUGCAGCAACUCUGGGCUGUGCGCGUCGCCGGAAACAAAUACCCGUUUGCCGUCGGCCGCAGCGCCGUCGCCGCGCACUCGCUUCACCACCUCGCAGGCAAAGGCAAGGCGCUAGAGAUCAUCCACGCCUUCGGCGACGGCCUCUGGCAGUUGGGGUCGCAGUCAUCGCCGAACAGUCUCUUCACCGCGAAGCAGAUCUUGGGCGCGGCCGACGACGCGGAGACCGCAGUGUCCCUCGCCAGCGUCGCUCCAGCCCCAGCGGGCGAGGCGAACGAGCCCGCGGCGCCCGCAUGCCUUGAGGGCGACGGCUGGGACGACGGGAGCGGCGCCGCCGACGAAAAGCCGGCGGAAGAGGAGACCGCUGAGGACGACGCGCCCGACGAGCCCGAAACCCCCACCAGAGAGGCUGAGACGCCCUCCAUCGCCGAAGGUGGAGAGGGCGACAACGCUGAGGAAAACGCUGAGGAAGACGGAGAGAGGAGGUCGCAAGCACCCACGGCCACGCUGCCCCCGGAGCUGAUGGACGAGUACCUGAGGCUCUGCGCCCUGGAGAUUCUCCACGCGAUCUCCGACGACCAACUUCCCAUGGAUAUCUCGGCGCUCAACAGCAAAAUCGCGACCGACGCGCCGGCCGUCUAUGUCGAGAAGCUACGCGGCGAAGGCAAGCUAGCGGCCUUCGUCCCCCCAGACGUGCGGAAGGCAUCGUACAAGAAGCUGACCAAGUUCGUUCAGUCGCUGUCGAAGAAGAAACUUCUUCAGACCAAAGAAGUCCGCGGCGUUGUCUCCAUGGUGAAAGUCAAUCGCAAGCACCCUGACUACCUCGCCUACACGCCGAUUCCCGAGAAAACGAAAAAGAAGAUCGCCGAGCGCAUCGCAGCCACGGAGGCCGGCAGCGGGGCUGCGACCCAGGGAGACGCUGGGGUGGAGACAGCUGACAAGCUCAAGGCAGGCGACGCGUCUCCGAGCUGUGCGCAGGGCUGCAGUGGCUCUGGCCCGUUGGUGCUGGAGUUUUGCGUCCCGCCACAGAAGCUCCUCAAGAUCUUCCAGGCACUGGACGUCCAAACUGGGAAAGACAUUUUCUUCACUUUCACCGAAGCGAAGGAGAUCUUGACGCGGUACGUAGAGGCCGUUGAGCAGGCGCAACAGGAGAAGCGCGAAGACGAUGCUGCCGCAUCGCCGAUGGACAAAGGGAAGAAGCAGUCCGGAGGUCGCGGUGACUCGCUCGUCCUGGACCCGCUCCUUAAAGAAGCCCUCCUUUCAAAAGACGAACUCGCCGAGCUGAUGGACAGAACGAGCGAAGUUAAAAUGAAGAAGGAGCAAGUGUUCUCCCGAUGGCAGGCACUCCUGCAGCCGUGCCAUGCCAUCGUCCCGCCCGGCGCCCCGGAAGACUUUGACGUCACCAGCCUGAAAAUCCACAAGGGCCCUUGGCAGCCGGUGAAGAUCACCGUCGACGACCGGUUCGGCGGCAGGAAGCAUAUCACGUCCAUUGUAGGCGUCCACGCCUUCCUGUUGGAUCCCAAAACCGUCGCUGAAUACUUGCAGAGGAAACUUGCAUCGGCGGCUUCGACGUACGCCCCUCCUGGCCAAAAGGAGCAGAACGGCAUCAUCGUUCAGGGAAACAUGGCGACGGCGGUGGCAGACGCUCUGGUUUCACACUUCAAACUGCAGCGCAAGUACCUCCUUGUCGACCAGAAGAAACCCAAGUCGGGCGGCGGCCGAAAGUAA